AUGUUCUCUUUUAGAUACGUGAUCACUGCGCUCUGUGCCGCCGGUGCCGUCUUCGCAAAGGAGUCUCAUGAUGUGCCAGUCGAGGAAGCUCCCAGUAUCAUCACGGCUCUUUUUACCGAUGGCAACAAUCGCGACAGUCGUGCCGACUUUACACCUGGCAAAUGGGAGUUUGACGGAUGUGCGGCAAAUCCAAUACCCCCCUCCUCUGCUUUCUCCGCAGCAACCAGUCUGAUGGAUACUGACCAGUGCAAUGUCGCCGGAGCAGUUGCCCCUUGGCCCAUUCACCGCAUCAAGCAGCAUGGUAUCCCUGCGCAAUGUACGUACAGAGGCUCCGAGGGCGGGUCCUUCCAGAUCUUUGGCAGCGGCCUCCGGCAUCAACCGCCCGUGCACCCGCUCUCCACGACCUUGACUUGCACCUGGGACGUGCAACACCAGUGGGAAGGUCUAGAACACCCCGUUGACCGUCCGAACCCUGAACCCCUUGCUGAGAUUGUCUCCACCCCCAGCCAACAGCAUCGCACAGUGUCGACGGAUCAUUCGAUUGUUCUCGCUGGCACACCCACCUUGGGUACGCCCAAAGGUAUCUUUAGUGUUGUGGACAGCGAGGCCGCUUUUGCCGACGCAGUUGAUACUGUUGUUCUUAAGGGGCUCAAGUAUCGUACAGCGCGGAUGAUACCAUGCACGAUUAUCCGCGGGAACGCAUUGGCAUAA